CAAACUCUAGCAAAAUCUGCAAUGGCACUCCAUCUCUGUCAUUUUCCAAUGCCUCAUUUACAGGUGCAGGUACAUAAUCUUCACAGAUCUAGACACCAUCCACAAAGAGCACCGGAUGGCGUUUCGGUGAGUCAAAAAGUUAGAUGUUGCGUGACAGAGUCUACACAACCUUCCCGUGGUAGACUAUCUGCAAAUUACCAGCCAACCAUUUGGAAUCACAAUUUUGUCCAGUCUCUACAGACUGAUGAUAUGGAUGAAGAAUGCGAGAACAGGGAAAAGAAGCUGGAGGAGGAGGUGAGGCGUAUGAUGAACAAUGAAAAUGCAGAAUCAUUGAGCAUUCUUGAAUUGAUCGACGACAUUCAGCGACUAGGUUUAGGAUACCGGUUCCAUAAGGACAUAAAGAUAGCUCUUCUUAGAAUUAGUACGUCCUGGGAAGAAUAUGAUGAUGAUGCCAAAGCAGAAAGCAAACUCCAUUCUCUUUCUCUAAGAUUCAGGCUCCUUAGACAGCAUGGUUUUCACAUUUCUGAAGAUAUUUUCAAGAUUUUCAUCGACGGAGAAGGCAAUUACAUGAAAUAUUUGGAGAAGGAUGUCAAAGGAUUGCUAAGUUUGUACGAAGCUUCCUAUCUCGGCUUUGAAGAAGAAAAGCUCUUGGACAUGGCCAAAACAUUCUCACUAACACAUCUUACUCAAUUAAAGAAAGAAAUUGAUCCAAUCUUAUCAGAUCUUGUUACUCAUGCUUUAGAGUUUCCGUUGCAUCAUAGAAUCCAAAGGCUGGAAGCUCGAUGGUUUUCUGAAGUCUACAGUAAAAGGAAUGAUGCAAAUUAUUCACUGCUUGAAUUUGCUAAGCUUGAUUUUAACAGGGUGCAAUCAAUAUACAAAAAAGAUCUUAAAGAGAUGUCAAGGUGGUGGGAAAAAAUUGAUUUAGCAAACAAGUUGAAAUUUACAAGGGACAGGUUGAUGGAAUGCUUCUUUGCAACAAUCGCAAUGAUCCCAGAUCCACAAUUCAGUAAUUGUCGUAAGGGAUUGACGAAAGUAAAUAUAUUUAUAACAAUCCUUGAUGACGUUUAUGAUAUAUAUGGUUCCUUAGAUGAAUUAGAGCUUUUUACUGAUGCAAUUGAAAGAUGGGAUAUCAAUUGUGUGAAUCAACUACCAUAUUAUAUGAAAUUAUGCUUCCUGGCACUCUACAACAGUGUUAAUGAGAUGGGUUGUGACACUCUACAUGAACACAAAGUGAACAUUAUUCCAUCCCUUGCAAAAGCGUGGCAAGACACAUGCAAAGCAUUCUUAAAAGAAGCACAAUGGAGUUAUAAUAAAUACACGCCAACAUUUGAGGAAUAUCUCGACAAUGCAUGGCUAUCAAUUUCGGGGGCAGUCAUGUUGGUUCAUUCAUACUUUUUAUUGAAUCAAGGUAUCAACAAGGAAGCACUUCACUCUGUAGAAAAUUAUCAUAAUCUGUUGCGUUGGACUUCCCUUAUUUUUCGACUUUGCAAUGAUUUAAGUACUUCAAAGGCUGAGGAGAGAGGUGAAACCAUAAAUUCAAUACUCUGCUAUAUGAAAGAUACAGGUUCAUCGGAGGAAGUUGCUCGUGAAUAUCUGAAGAAGCUUAUUGAGAAAACAUGGAAACAAAUAAACAAGGAUCUAAGUGAAAAGCAUCCAUUUUCUGAAGCUUUUGUGGGAACAACUAUUAGUCUUGCUCGGAUGGCCCAUUGCAUAUACCAUCGCGAAGAUGGAAUUGGAGCUCCAGAUGUUAGAUCUAAGAAAAGAAUACAUUCAGUAAUAAUUGAUCCCAUUUAAAUUAUAUAUAGACAAGUAACAUCACAAUUAAUAAAUUGAAUGGGAACAAUAAUGACAUCCAAUGAUUCAAGUACACUACAUCGUUAGUGUACUUGAAUCUUUAAUUGUCAUUACUAUUUCCAUGGACCUUGGGAUGUUGUAACGUUGUGAAAUUCUUCAUUAUAUCGCAAUCUAUUUUCAAUCAACCUUUUAAUAAGAUAAUUACUACGACCAUCUCCCCUUACAUUUUGAAAAA